UGCCCGAGCGUGGGUAAAGAGUGAGGAGGCGUGCGUCGCUGCGCAGACGCAUUGGCGGACGACGGCCGUGUGUUUCCAAAAUGGCGGCGGCGAUGGAUGUGGAUACCCCGAGCGGCACCAACAGCGGCGCGGGCAAGAAACGUUUUGAAGUGAAAAAGUGGAAUGCAGUAGCAUUGUGGGCCUGGGACAUUGUGGUUGAUAAUUGUGCCAUCUGCAGAAACCACAUUAUGGAUCUCUGCAUAGAGUGCCAAGCCAACCAGGCAUCCGCAACGUCAGAAGAAUGCACCGUGGCCUGGGGAGUCUGUAAUCAUGCCUUCCAUUUUCAUUGUAUCUCUCGCUGGCUGAAAACACGGCAAGUGUGUCCGUUGGACAACAGAGAAUGGGAAUUCCAAAAGUAUGGACACUAGAAGAAUUCUGCCAGCAUAACUGUCACUCACUAAGUGACCUGCCUCCUGUUGUCAUAGGUUAGAUAGGCCUCUGUCCUGCCCCUCGUCUUUCCAGUUUGUUCUCCCCUGGCCAUGGUUGUACCCAUGUCAAAUAAAGUUCCAUUGGGUUCUAAAGUG